CCUGUGCUGUUUCCUUUCUCGGGGUCCAGCCUUUUAAAUGUUGUUUUUGAUUCAGGGAAAAGGAUAGAAUUUUGGGUUUUUGGUUUCUCCAAACCUUGCUGCUUGUUUGAUAUUUUUCCUUUUUUGGCUGUUUUAUUGUGUUCUGCUUUUAUUUUUCCUGGCGGGUAAAUGUGGGGGAACGGCGGAGAACCUGCGGAUUCUUAUUAUGAGGUCCGGCCAGAGUGCACGAAUGUCCCGAAGUCCAAAUUCAAAAUAAAGCCUGGUAAAACUCUGAGCGCAAGAAGAUGGCAGGCUGCGUUUUCUCCUGUAGGGCAUCUGGAUAUAGGCAAAACUUUACAUCGAAUUCAACGUGGGGGGAUUCAUCCAUCAAUAAGAGGAGAAGUUUGGGAAUUUCUACUAGGUUGUUAUGAACCCAAAAGUACAUUGGAGGAAAGGGAAGAGAUCAGGGAACUACGAAGGGUGCAAUAUGCUAGAUGGAAGGAUGUGUGUCGUGAAAUAUUUCCUGUUGUAGGAAGUGGUAAAUUUAUCACAGCACCUGUAGUCACUGAAGAUGGCCAGCCCAUCAAGGACCCUUUAGUACUGUUGGAAACAAAUACAGGCACAAAUGCUGCAAACAUGCCUGAUAGUUCACAAAUGGUGAAGGAACUUUUUAGUCGUGGUCCUUUGGACAAAAAAGUGAUCCAGUGGCUGCAUCAACUGCAUCAAAUAGGUCUCGAUGUGGUUCGCACUGAUAGGUCUUUGGUAUUCUAUGAGAAGCAGGAGAACUUGUCAAAACUUUGGGACAUUCUUACUGUUUAUGCCUGGAUAGAUAAAGAUGUUGGCUACUGUCAGGGAAUGAGUGAUCUUUGCUCCCCGAUGAUUAUUCUCCUUGAAGAUGAAGCUGAUGCAUUUUGGUGCUUUGAACGUCUGAUGCGAAGAUUGAGAGGAAACUUCAGAUGCAUUGAUAGUAGCUCGGUUGGGCUGGAGACACAACUAAAUAAUUUGGCUGCAGUCACUCAAGUUGUUGAUCCAAAACUUCAUCAGCACUUAGAGACACUUGGUGGAGGUGACUAUCUAUUUGCUGUUAGAAUGCUAAUGGUUUUGUUUCGUCGAGAAUUCUCAUUUUGUGAUUCCUUGUAUCUCUGGGAGGUAUGGUUCAACUAAUCCAAUGCCUUAUUUUCUUUAUGAAAUUAAUUUAAGGAAUUUUG